AGGAGGAGGAGUAGUUAGGAGGAGGAGGAGGAGGAGGAGGAGGCUCUCCAUCAUGUGAGGGACCAAAACAAGAGACUCUACAGUCGUCAGGUGCAGGAUGUCCAGGAUGCAGCAGUUCCCAGACGUCAUCGAGCAUCUUCAGGGAGUCCUGAUCCUGGAUCUGCUCCGGUCCGGCUGAGGAGGCCUGAGCGGUCUCGUGGAGCCGAUUAGUGAACCUGUGAAACUACUUUCCGUUUGGUUGUUGCUCUUUGGAGGCUUUUCGUAAGACGCCUCAUCUCCAAAUCCAACAGAUCUGUAAAUGCAGGUUUGUUAACGGUCGCGUUUUAUUUGUGACUGUGCAAAGGUGGAACUGGGGGUCAUGGCUGAACACGAGGAACCCGAGCUGCCAGACUCUCUUCAGAAGGACCACUGCUUUACCUCCAGUGAGCUGGAGGAUCCAGGUAUGAAUAUCAAGUCCAAAUGUUUACCUGUUUUAAAUGGAACAGAGCCUCAACAGGAAACCUUGCGGGCUAGUUCGACACCAAUGUCGAAUUCAGCGGAAGAGAGUACCGAAUUUAUCCAGUUCCCAGAAAAGCCAGAGUCACCGUCAACUAGGAACUGUGUCCCCAAGCCAGGAAAGUUGGUGUUGAAUAGGCCGAGCUCUUACAUGGAGAACGCGGAGAUCCGUCGAAGUAAAAGCAUUGAGAGACGGAAGCUACCAGGGGUUUUUAGGUCUCGGUUAGCUCAGAUCCGUUUGCCAAACAGGAAGUACCUCACAGUUAUCUUGCAGGAUUCUCGAUGUUUUCUGUUUUGCAUGUGCUACUUGACAUUCAUCCAGUCACUCAUGGUGUCUGGUUACCUCAGCAGCGUCAUCACCACCAUAGAAAAGAGGUACAGCCUGAGGAGCUCCGAAUCAGGCCUACUUGUAAGCUGUUUCGACAUCGGGAGUCUUCUCGUGGUCGUUUUCAUCAGCUACUUUGGAGGGCGUGGCCAGAGGCCUCGCUGGUUGGCAGUAGGCGGGGUUUUCAUUGCAGUGGGUGCUGCCCUCUUCUCCUUACCUCACUUCAUCUCCCCGGCAUACCAGAUCCAAGAGGUCAACUCAUCCUCGGGCAACGAGGGGCUGUGCAUGACCAGCAACACCAGCACCAGGGACCGCGCUGACAUCACUUCCUGUCCCAGAGAGCUGGAGGCCAGUGAGCACAACCUGUACGUGGCACUGUUCAUCAUUGCACAGAUUCUGGUUGGCAUGGGUUCCACGCCCAUCUACACCCUGGGACCCACCUACCUGGAUGACAACGUGAAGAAGGAGAACGCCUCGCUGUACCUAGCCAUCAUGUACGUGAUGGGAGCGCUGGGCCCAGCGGCAGGUUACCUGCUGGGAGGAGUUCUCAUCGGGUUCUACGUGGACCCUGAGACGGUUGUCAACAUCGACCAGAGCGACCCGCGCUUCAUCGGCAACUGGUGGAGCGGGUUCCUGCUGUGUGCCGCGGCUAUGCUGCUCGUCAUCUUCCCCAUGUUCACCUUCCCCAAGAAGUUGCCGCCGCGACACAAGAAGAAAAAGAGGAGGAAAAAGCGAAGCUUGGAUGAGCUGUCGAGUGACGAUGACGUCCUCAAGGAGAAGAGCAACAACAGCAAGAGCCAGAUGGUCACCUCAUCCAUGGGCUUCGGGAAGGACGUCAAAGAUUUGCCCAAAGCGGCAGUGAGGAUCCUCAGCAAUGUGACUUUUGUUUUCGUCAGUCUUUCGUACACUGCAGAGAGUGCCAUCGUGACCGCCUUCAUCACCUUCAUCCCAAAGUUUAUAGAGUCUCAGUUUGGCAUCCCUGCCUCCAAUGCCAGCAUCUACACUGGUGUGAUCAUCGUGCCCAGCGCGGGCGUGGGCAUCGUUCUAGGUGGCUACAUCAUCAAGAAGCUGAAGCUCGGUGCUCGUGAGUCGGCCAAGCUGGCCAUGAUCUGCAGCGGUGUGUCCCUGCUCUGCUUCUCCACGCUCUUCAUCGUCGGCUGUGAGAGUAUCAACCUCGGAGGAAUCAACAUCCCCUACACCACUGGACCAACGCUCACCAUGACGCACAGGAACCUGACUGGCGGCUGUAAUGUGAACUGCGGAUGUAAAAUUCAUGAGUACGCCCCGGUCUGUGGCUCGGACGGCAUCACCUACUUCAACCCGUGCCUGGCCGGCUGCAGCAGUGUGGCCAAUGAGAGCAGCGGGAUUCGAAACUACUCAGAUUGCGCCUGCGUGCAGAGCAGGCAGGUGAUCACGCCAUCAUCCAGUGGUCAGGGCAGCAACCAGCUGCAGCUUGUCAUCGUUAAGACCUACCUGAACGAGAACGGCUAUGCUGUGUCAGGGAAGUGCGACCGCACCUGCAGCACCCUCAUCCCUUUCCUGAUCUUCUUGUUCAUCGUCACACUGAUCACUGCUUGUGCACAACCGUCCGCCAUCAUCGUCACCCUGAGGUCUGUAGCGGAGCAGGAGAGACCAUUCGCUCUCGGGAUGCAGUUUGUUCUCCUCAGGACUCUUGGCUACAUCCCAACACCCAUUUAUUUUGGUGCAGUCAUUGACACCACCUGCAUGUUGUGGCAGCAGGACUGCGGCGUCCACGGCUCCUGCUGGGAGUACGAUGUCACCUCCCUGCGUUUCGUCUACUUCGGCCUCGCUGCCAGCCUCAAGUUCUUUGGUUUCCUCUUCAUCUUCCUCACCUGGUAUUCCAUAAAGUACAAGGAGGAGCGGGUCGAGCGCUGGCUGAAACGCCACCUGUCGCCGGUAGACACUGUCGGCAGCCUCGUCUGCCACCCGGGAGGUCACAAGGGCCACGCCCGCACUCGAUCCUGCCCCGUCAACAUCCCCCGAACCGACCUCAACACUCAAGCCACUGCUGUCCCACCCAGCGCUCUCAACCGAGGCAUCAGCACACAGAGUUGCCCCGGUAAUGAGCUGAAAGCAAUGACUCCACCCCCUCCGCCAUCACCAGCAUCUGCUGCACAGGCUCCACCCACACCCGCUCGCUCCCUGGAACACGUUACAGUCCGUGUCUAAGUUUCAGAACCCAGGUAGGAAGUGACUCCACCUCCACUCUGACUCACUGCCGACUGGUGGUGUGAACCUCAGUAUUUAUGAUCAACCAAACACAUCCUGGUGACGCCAUUGCAGAAGUCCUUCUGGCUUCAUUUCCACCUUCAGCCUGUCUUGGAGGUCACUGACCAUCACUUGAAAUCAGGUGGGGCUCCUGAUUUAAUGAGCAUCCAGAUCU